AUGCAAACAGGCAAUGUUGAAAAGGAGCCUGUGUCUGUUCAGAACGAGAAUGCUGCCGUGCAGCAGCCCUCCAUCGACCCUGAACUGGAGCGGCGAGUCGUCCGGAAAACAGAUGUAAACCUUGUGCCAUUGGUCAUGGCUCUAUAUCUUCUUGCUUUCCUUGAUCGGUCAAAUAUUGGGAAUGCGCGCAUUGCCGGAAUGAGUACUGAUCUUAACCUGAUUGGAGAUCGUUACGACUGGCUGCUCACAAUAUUCUAUAUCCCUUACAUCAUAUUUGAGUUCCUUGGGAUAAUGUGGAAGGUCGUGCCACCACACAUCUGGGCAACCAUCGUCGUUUUCAUAUGGGGACUAGUAUCAACUCUUCAAGCAGUCACCCAUUCAUGGGGGGCGGAAAUGGCACUUAGAUUCCUCAUGGGGGCCGCUGAAGCGGGUUACGGACCAGGAAUCCCGUUUCUACUUUCCUUCUUCUAUCUCCGACAUGAAGUAGGCUUCCGCUGUGGAGUCUUUCUCUCUGCUGCUCCUCUUGCCAAUACUUUUGCAGGUGCUCUUGCAUAUGGUAUCACAUCAGGUCACCCUUCCAUUGCGAAAUGGAGGGUAUUAUUCCUCGUGGAAGGGCUGCCUACAAUUGUCAUGGCAGCUGUGGCCUACUUCUAUCUCCCAGAUUCUCCCGAAAAGGCCAAGUUCUUUGAUGAAGAUGAGAGAAGAGUAGCCAUUGCAAGAAGUGUUCGCCAAGCAGGCUCUUCUGCCAGAAUAGGCGGAGUCGACUGGGUGGACUUUUUGAGAGGGCUGACUGACAUCAAAGCCUGGUUCACCGGUCUCAUGUAUUUCAGCUGCAAUGUCAGCUUUGCUUCUCUUCCGGUUUUUCUACCUACGAUUCUCUCAGAGAUGGGAUUUUCCGACGUAACUGCUCAAGGCUUAACCGCUCCUCCAUUCUUCCUGUCUUUUCUCAUUACCCUCAUCACGCCUUACAUUGCAGAUAGAACUCAGCAGCGUGCGUUCAUGCUCAUCAUUCUAACCAUUAUCGGCGGCGUGGGCUAUGUUAUCUUGGCAUCUGCCAAAUCUGUUGGAGCCCGCUAUUUUGGAGUAUUCAUGGCGGCCGGAGGCAUUUUUCCUUCCAUUGCUAAUAUUCUUCCUUGGGUAUUGAAUAACCAAGGUAGCGACACUCGCCGAGGAGCCGGAAUCGUCCUUCUCAACGUCAUCGGGCAAUGCGGUCCCCUGCUGGGCACUCGACUGUAUCCUUCCAAUGAGGGCCCCUUCUACGUAAAGGGUCAGUCAGUUUGUGCGGCGUUUAUGUUCUUUACCACGCUAUUGGUCAUUGGUUUGCGAAUUCUGCUCGCCUGGGAGAAUAAGAAGCUAGAUCAGAAAUAUGGGACUAUUGAAGAACAGAAAGCGCGACUUGCUGAGGCACAGGAACGAGGUCAAGUUGCCACUCAGGCUGUGGCGGUAGAGAAUUACGGGCCUAUGUUUAGAUAUGUGCUAUAG